AUGGAGAAUAAGAGAGGACAUGUAUUGGCAGUGCCAUAUCCAGCGCAAGGACACAUAACACCAAUCCAACAAUUCUGUAAGCGACUCAUCUCUAAAGGUCUCAAAACCACUCUCGCUCUCACCACUUUCAUUUCCAACUCCAUCAAACCUGACCCAUCUGGUCCAGUCUCCAUAGCCACCAUCUCCGAUGGCUACGACCAGGGCUUCGACUCAUCUGGCUCCAUCCACGACUAUGUCCAAAGCUUUAAAACCUCUGGCUCUAAAACCAUUGCAGACAUCAUCCGCAAACACGAGACAAGUGACAACCCCAUUACUUGUAUCCUCUAUGAUUCUUUCUUGCCUUGGGCCCUUGAUGAAGAUGUAUAUUCUGUAUCAGUUCGUGAAGUACUACAGGAGAUAGUACAUGUGUGUGUCAUGAAGAUGGGCUGA